AUGGAAUUUACUAAUGACUUAAUUUUUUAUGGAGUCGUUAUGUUUAUGAUUUCUGAGUUUUUAUGGGAAUUUUAUUUAUCUCUUAGACAGCAUAAUGUAUACAAAAUGCAUGAUCUCAUACCCCGCGAAUUGCAUGGGAUUUUAUCUCAAAAUACAUUUGAUAAAGCUCGUCUCUAUGCCAUUGAUAAAAGUAAAUUUAAUAUGGUCAAUGAUGUAAUAUCAUUAUGUCUUAUAUUGGUUUUCUUGUUUUCAAAUGGAUUGUUUAUAGUUUGGAGUACUGGAGAACAUAUAUCGAGUACUUUAUUUGGCGUAGAUGACAAUGAAAUAGUUCAUAGUGCAGUUUCAUGUGUACUAUUUAAUAUUUUAGCAACAAUAACUAGCUUACCAUCAAAUAUUUAUUACACUUUUGUUAUCGAAGAAAAACAUGGAUUUAACAAGCAGACUCCUUCAUUUUAUGCCAAAGACAAAGCGAAAAUAUUUAUUUUAAAUCAAAUUAUUAUCGUGCCAUUGGUAUCGGGCAUUGUUUUCAUUGUUAAAAUUGGCGGUGAUUUUUUUUUCAUUUACCUUUGGUUUUUCGUCAUGGCAAUCACAUUAUUCCUAUUCACAAUAUACCCUGAUUACAUAGCUCCAUUAUUUGACAAAUAUACUUUGCUUCCCGAAGGAGAAUUAAGAGAUGAAAUUGAAAAUCUUACUAGGAGUGUGCAUUUUCCCCUUUAUAAAUUGUAUGUAGUCGAAGGGUCAAAGAGAUCUGCUCACAGCAAUGCGUAUUUUUAUGGAUUUUUUAAAAACAAAAGAAUUGUUUUAUUUGACACAUUGCUAAAAGAAAAUAUACCUAUUGAAGAGUUUAAUGAGACCCCAGUACCAGUAGGAGGAGGAGGAGGAGGAGGCGGCGGCGGCCGUGGCGGUGGCGGUGGUGGUGGCUCAAGCAAUAAAGAAAAAAAAGGUUGCGACACAAAAGAAAUUAUAGCAGUUUUAGCUCAUGAACUCGGUCAUUGGAAAUACAAUCAUGUACUUAAAAAUUUAGCUAUUGUUCAGGCCAACUUGCUUUUGGUUUUUAUUGUGUUUGGAAAACUUUUCGAAUUUAGUGCAUUAUAUUCAGCUUUCGGAUUCGACGAAUGUGAACCUGUACUAAUCGGUUUAAUUAUUGUUUUGCAAUUUGUUUGCCUUCCCUACUUUGAAAUACUUAACUUUUGCGUAGCCAUAUUGAGUCGUCAUUUUGAAUUUGAAGCGGAUAAUUUUGCUAAAAAAUUGGGUCAUUCAAAUGCUUUAAAAAAUGCAUUAAUCAAAUUAAAUUCGGAUAAUUUAGGAUUUCCAAUUUAUGAUCCUUGGUAUUCUAAAUGGCAUCAUUCUCAUCCUCCUUUACUUGAAAGAUUACAGGCUUUGAGUAAAGAAGAUUAA